ACCCCUUAUUCGCAAAGGGUGAUGUAAUGUCGGGUUCUACAUAAGAGCACCAGUGACGCAAGCAUAUCCCCAUUCCAGAGGAAGGGAGGUUUAAGUAAGGAAUAACCUCAAUUAAUGAUAAUUUAUCCGAGCCCACUCUCUUCAAGAACUCCGAAUAGCUUCACGAUUGUAGUCGCCACCUAAAUCAGAGGAACAAUGGCAUCCGAGAACAAAUAUCCCGACCUCACAAGCUUCAAAGCUCUAAGCUUCGACUGCUAUGGCACCCUCAUCGACUGGGAAACCGGCUUCCUCAGCACCGUCCGCCUCCUAACCUCGCAACUGCCACCAACACACCCCCUAAACACCGACCCACCCCUCGAAGCCCUGCGUCUCCUCAACGCCAAAGCCAACGCAUACGAAGUCGCCCAGCCCACCCUCCCCUACAACGAGCUCCUAGCCGAAGCCAUAACCGCAUUCGCAACAACCGACCUCUCGCUGCCAGGUCUCUCCGACAGCAUCGCCGAGCCGUUCGGCAAUUCGCCCGGGACGUGGACCGCGUUCCCGGACACGAUUGCGGGGUUGCAGAAGCUGGGAAAGCGGUAUAAGCUCGCGAUUCUCUCGAAUGUGGAUAACCAGAACAUCGCCGCAACCGUGGGCAAGCAGCUUGCGCCCGCGAAGUUCGACGCCGUGUACACGGCGCAGGACAUCGGGGCGUAUAAACCCGAUCACAAGAAUUUCGCGUACCUGUUUGCGCAUCUGAAGGAGGAUUUGGGGAUUGAUAGAGAGAAGGGCGAGUUGUUGCAUGUGGCGCGCAGUUUGACGGCGGAUCAUGUGCCGGCGAAGGAGUUGGGGUUGCAGAGUGUGUGGAUUUCGCGGGGUGGGGAGAAGGAGGCGGGGAGGGGGGUUGGGGGCGAUUAUGAGGCUUUGAAGGGGAAGGUUGCGUUUGGGUGGCGGUUUGAUACGAUCGGGGAUUUUGCGGAUGAGGUUGAGAGGCAGUUUUCUGCUAAGGAGAAGGUGUGA